AUGGAGCAGACUCCUACAUCGUUCUCUUCGCCGUCGCCCUUCGCUCGAUCGCCGCCGGAUAAUCACAUAAUGCUGGAAGAUACUUCCGCUUAUUCAUCGCCUAUGUGCUCUGUCUCUAGCUAUCCAAGCAACUCGCAGUCGACCACUGGUUUAGGAAUCUCCCAUUGUGAGAUGGAGGGCCCAUCCAGUCAGCUAAGGCUGUUUUCACCCGACACAUACUCAUCGCCGGUAACCGAAUGGCCGAAUCAAUUGAUACAUCCCGAAUCCCUUCUCGAGACGACGCUGGACGUCGGUCAUUUCUCCCCAGGACCAUGCUACGAGCCUUUUGGUGGUCACUCUGAUGUUUCUGUCUCACCCCUUACCUAUUACAGCCCGCAAACUCUUAACGCCCCAUCCGGUUAUGGCUCUGCUAUGGAUUUCGCGGGAAAUCCUGGCACUUUGAGUGCCCCAUCCUCUCGCUUCUGGCCGAACACGCCCCAAUCCGACGUUGCUAGUUCCGAGAUCCAGCCCUUAGUGAAGGAAGAACCCGACGACAAUUGGGAGCAACACCUUUUGACAAAAGUCGGUGACUCUACGGGAAUCGAUCCGGUACCGCAAAUCCCUCACAUAGCGAGCGACAGUGCUUAUCUUAAAUCUCAACACUUUUCUGAUAACGGCAAUGGUACUUUGGUCGAACUAAAUCCAAAUGUGGGACGUCAGGGGGAUGAGAGCCGAAAGCCUACUGCAAGGAAUGCGCCCGUUGAGGUAGUCUUUCAGUUGGCGAAAAGCGACAGCGAACUCCCCGAUGAGCGGUGCAAGAUACUAUCUGCAAAUGGCCUUGAAUGUACCAUCUGCGGUCUCCGGUUCACCCGACGCUCUAACUGUCGCGAACAUAUGAAGAGGCAUGACCCAAGCCUCAGAAAGUCGUACCACUGCGAGUUCUGCGAUAGGCCAUUCGGAAGAAAGGCUGACCUUCGGCGACAUGUAAUUAGUAUUCAUCAUGGAAUUCGAAAAUUCGGUUGUGAGGACUGUGGCCAACGGUUCAGUCGACAAGAUACACUCUCGAGGUAA